GUGUACAGCCUGUAUUGUUAGCUUGCCUGCUCUCAUGUUUGUUUAAAUAUUUGGCCGUGAGCUAUUUUGAUGGUCAAGAUAUGGGAGAUGUCAUGUGUUUGCCAACAGCAUUGAAUAAGAAUGAGCACUCUAAUCUAGAUAGCGCUCUAAUCUAAUACUGUGGAAUGAGCAAUGCAGGCCAUUUGGCCUUUUAUUGCAUUAUCUGAAUAAACUGUUUAUAUUUUUUUUUGUACUUAACAUUCUUUACUGCAGAAGGAUGUGUGUGAACUACUGAUGCACGACAGUGAGACCUUGGUAUAUGCAGACCAGACAGAGUCAACGGCUGUGGAGUGGUUCAAGUCCUUGGCCCUCAACAUCCAGAAUCAGAAUGACGAGAGCAGUCUGCUACAGCCUUACCUGGUGACCGUUCUCAGGGACUACCUCCUGGCACACGCUUGGACAAACAGUCUUACUGUGCUCCGUCUCCUUGGCGAUGACCCAACUCACUCUGCUAUAUCUCUGUGGAAGGUAGGAAUGGAGAUCAUGUAUUCCAACCCAGACAAGAACAAUGGCCUCAUUGAGCAUUAUGUGAGGUAAGGUUGUCUGGUGUCA